CAUAAUUUACAAAAUGUUCUGUUCAUAAUUGCCAAAUGUUCAGUCUACAUAGCGCAGGCAAACUCGGAAGACAGCAGUUAGUUUACAACGAAAUUCAAGAUAUAAUUAAAAGCAAAAAAAAAAAUAUGGAGAAAGAAACUCUUCUCCUUUUCUUAACCCUGUACUCCCUUACAUUUGGCCACACCGAGGCUUCCGCUUGGGAAUCGGGUGAACUAAGUGAUACUCUGUGCAAUUCCAAACGGGAUGGAUCACUUUUGCGCAUAAGCGGCUUGUGUAGCAGUUAUAUCUAUUGUCUGACCGAAAAGGCCAUAACGAUAAAUUGUCCUUCGAAUAUGGGGUUUAGUGCCAGCUAUGGAGGUUGUGUUGACUAUUCCCAAUCGGAUUGUGUUAAUGAUAACAAUACUGAUGGUCAUUCCAAUGAGAAUAAAGUCUCCAAUUCAAGCAAUGCAGGAGAUCAGAAUGCCCUAAACUGGACGAUAUGCUCUUCUAAGUCAGAUGGAACUACAUUUCCUAUAAAAAGUGAAUGUCAGCUCUUUAUCUAUUGUUUGAGUGAAAUUCCUUUGCCCAUGCCAUGCCUCUUUGACACCGCUUAUAGUACCUCUGAGGGCUAUUGUGUCCAAUAUCAAGAUUCUGAUUGUGUAGAGGUUAGCAAAACAACAUCGGUAACCUACCCAACAACAAUGCAGAACGAAAAUUCGUCAUCAGUUCCCAUAUACCCAACUACAUAUGUACCUAGCACAAGCUCAAGUGCUAUAAAAUCUACAACUUCAUCAACCUCUAUAGGUACCACAAGACAUCCAACAUCAUCAUAUUCAACAACAAGUGGAUAUCCUCAGACUUCCGCUUCAGGACAACCAACUUUAACCACAAAAGCUGGAACAGAUUUUUCCACAACUACUGGCACACAACCAACUACAGGCGAAUUUUCUACUCGACAACCACAAAGCACCUCCACAGUGCGAACUUCAUCUACCACAGCCCUAACAUCCACUCAACGUCCUUUGAGUUCUUCCAUCUUAUCUUCAAGUACCGCUGAUACAAACCAAUCUUCAACUGAACUUCCUCAAACCAUAUCAACAUCCUCUUCAAGCUCUGAACAAACUACAAACAACUCAUCACCACCAGCACUAACAACGUCGACUCAUCGUCCACCAGAUACUUCGACCUUAACGAAAUCUACAACAAUAACACAAACAACAAACAAAAGCCUACAAAACAAUUCGACAUAUACGGAAUCAACUUCAAGUAGAGGAACCACUACUUCUCAAACUUUAACUUCAGCCUAUACCAUUACAUCAUCGACAAAUACUCCCACUACAACUGGUUCAACUCCAAAAUCCACACAAUAUGCAACAACUGAAACACCUACCGAAAGUUCUCAAACGUCUACAUGGCACUCUUCAUCGACCAUAAAUGUUGAGACUACCAGUGAACGCACUCAAACACCUCCAUCUACUACUUCAGCCAGCCCUAACCCAACGAGUACAUCUCGAGGUCCUCCUACACCGUACUCUCCCACACUUAUUCCUCCUACACCUCCUUCACCCACAUCCUCUUCAACAAAUAAUCCAACAUCGACAGUAUCAACUUCAACUACGAUUCCAUUAUCAACUACGCCAAUAUUGCCUGGCAUAUCUUCCACAAAUUCUGCAACCGAAACAACCGUAGAAGAUCCUACAACUGAAAAGGGACAAACCAGAAGCUCUACUACAAGUGAUCCCAUAACUGCAGAAGGACAAACCACAGACCCAGUUACCCAAUAUCCAUCAACUGCUGGAGGACAAACCACAGACCCAGCUAAUAAAUAUCCAUCAACUGUUGGAGGACAAACCACAGACCCAGCUACCAAAUAUCCAUCAACUGCAGGAGGACAGACUACAAGCUCAACUACAAUAGAUCCUACAACUACAGGAGGACAAACUACAAGCUCAACUACAGGAGGACAAACCACAACCCCAUCUACAAAUGAUCCUACAACUGCAGGAGGACAAAGCACAAACCCAACUUCGAACUAUCCCACAACUGCAGGAGGACAAACCACAAACCCAACUUCGAACGAUCCCACAACUGCAGGAGGACAAACCACAAACCCAACUUCAAACGAUCCCACAACUGCAGGAGGACAAACCACAGACCCAGCUACCAAAUAUCCAUCAACUGCAGGAGGACAAACUACAAGCUCAACUACAAUAGAUCCUACAACUACAAGAGGACAAAUCACAAACCUAUCUACAAAUGACCCUGCAACUACAACUUCAACUACAAAAAAUCCCCAAAAAAUCACCAGUACUUCUCAUACUUCGUCAACUACAACAAACAGUGGCUCACAAACCUCUUUAACAACCACAGAUCCUAAAACAACAGGUGCCUUUCAGACAUCAACCACUGGGGGAGAAUCCACAAAGAAUAUGGUUUCUCAAACCUCUUCAACUACGACAGCCAGGGGUUCUCAAACCUCAUCAAUUACAACAGAUCCUACAACACCUAGUAAUUCGCAAUCAUCAACACAGAAACCCGAGACUACCACUACAACAUAUCACACAACAAAUAGAGCUCCACAUUCCACCACCGCUAGAGACGUUUCCACAACAACCAAUGCUUCUCAAACUCCCGCUACUAUAACAGAUCAUACAACAACUAGUUCUUCUCAAACUUCUGCAACUUUUACAGAUCAAACAACAACAAGUGCUUCCCAAACAUCUUCACGGGCCACUGAGUCCACAACAAGCAUUGGCAUUCAAACCUCCACCACCAGAGAAGAUUUCACGACAAAUAUGGCUUCUCGUACUCCUUCAACUACAAUAGAUUCUACAACAACCAUUGCUGCACAAACCUCUUCAACUAACGCGGACUUCACAACAAACCAUAAAGAUACCUCAACUGCCAAUGGACCUAUAACCUCUACAACAACUAUAGAUCCUAAAUCAACAUCUUUCCCAAUAAUAACAAAUGUUCCUACAACCCAACGCCCUCUAAGUUCUUCCAUCUCAACCACACCAUAUGUUGCCUCCAGCACCAGCAGCCUGCCCAAAACAACUACAAGCAUAACAAAUGGUUACACUAUCCCACCAUCGGUGGCAACUCUAAUAGACCAGUUGUGCAAAGGAAGAAAAUCUGGCGCUCAUAUUCCAUAUCCCGGCAAUGAAACCGAAUAUGUCAUAUGUCCCAUACCAGAGCCAGAAUUAGUCCAAUGUCCCAUUAAUACUCAGUUCGAUGUUACUACUGGACAAUGUAUAUCGGAUUUGAGCUUUAUCGAUAUGCCCGCCUGUCAAGAUUUAGCCUACGGGCAAGCCAUAGCUUACAAAGGUGACUGCACAAAAUACUAUCUUUGCUUUGGCAACAAAGCAUUGAAUAAGGAAUGGCAAUGUGCCGAAAACUGGUACUUCAGUGCACCACUAGGAAGCUGUGUUCCAGCCGAUCUAUAUGAAUGUCCCUGGUAGAAAUUACGUAUGAUUUGAUCCUCAUAAAAUUUAAGUAAACAAACAAGACUUAUGCGUGAACAAACGAAAUUAUAAAAA